AGGCAGUGGGCUCCGAGUCAACUGGUAUGACCGCGGGCACUGGGUCAGACAUUGGAUCGUCUGACUGGACAGCGGGCAUCGGGUCACCAGGCAUCAAGUCAUUUGGCUCGACAGCGAGCACCGCGUCAUCUGGCAAGGCAGUGGGCUCCGAGUCAACUGGCAUGACCGCGGGCACUGGGGCAGACAUUGAAUCGUCUGGCUGGACAGCGGGCAUCGGGUCACCAGGCAUCAGGUCAUUUGGCUCGACAGCGGGCACCGCGUCAUCUGGCAAGGCAGUGGUCUCCGAGUCAACAGGCCCGACAGUGGGCACCCGGGUCAUCAGGUACCGGAUUGUCUGGCUCGACAGCGGGCAUCGGGUCAUCAGGCAUCAGGUCAUUUGGCUUGCCAGCGGGCACCGCGUCAUCUGGCAAGGCAGUGGGCACCAAGUCACCAGG